AUGUCGGCGUCAUCUUCAACCCAGGCGCUCGAAUACCUCGAGGGUCUGCAUCUGCAGACGCAUAGAAAGCUGUAUGAGCAGCCUUCGACAGUGCUAGCCGUGUUUCGCUGCAUGCUGCCGCACCUAGCCAAGUCGAUAGUAAUGGCAAUGCUCUACAUGCCCUCAGCCUUCCCCACCACCGACCUCGACGCUUGGUUCAAGCCCUCCGCCCGCAAAGAGAAAGAACAGGCCCUCUUCGUCCUCGACCGCCUGCACAUCCUCACCUCCAAGCGAAGCGAUGACGGGAGACAAUUGUACUCGCUCUCCUCUGGCUUUCAGCAUAGUUUGCGACAGGCUAUCGAAGGUUCAGGCACCCACCGCUCGUUUGGCGUCCCUGCGACAAGGGAAGAGAGUGGAGGCAGAAAGGUCACAAUCAACUUUCUAGACGAGUAUUCGAGAGCGCAGUGGGAAGGUAUACUAUACUAUUUGGUGAGUGGUGCUGCAGGGCUGCAUGCAGAUGGUAUCGCGCGAUCCGAGGUGGGAAAUGGAACGAAGGGGCUGCUGAAUGCUGGUGAUCUCGUGAAAAUAGUGCAUGGGAGCCCUCGGAUUACCAAGGAUGGCUUCUCUUUCGUAUUGCAAGAGACGAACGCACAGGUCUGGAGCCUGUUGAUUGUCUACCUGAAAAUGGUAAAUAAUCUCGGCAUGUCCGAAACCGAAGUCCUGUCCUUUCUCUUCAUGCUCGGAUCCCUCGAACUAGGCCAGGACUACUCAAUUUCUACCCUCUCGCCCACACAACUCCAAAUGCUCGAGGACCUCUCCGAUAUGGGCCUCAUCUACCGCUCCUCCAAGACCGCCAAAACAUUCUACCCAACCCGCCUAGCCACGACACUGACCUCCGAUUCCGGUAGCGCAAUGUCCGCCUCCUCCAACGACAUCGCGCAGGCGAGCCAAGGUACCGCUGGCCCCGCAGCAACCGCGAACAAAGGCUUCAUCAUCAUCGAGACAAAUUAUCGGCUCUACGCCUACACGAAUUCGCUGAUCCAGAUCGCUAUCCUAUCCUUAUUCACGAAACUCCAACACCGCUUCCCCAACCUUGUCUCCGGAAAACUCACAAAAGAAUCCGUUCACAGAGCCGUGCAAUCCGGCAUCACAAGUGCCCAAAUCAUCAGCUACCUAACUACCUACGCACAUCCGCAAAUGCAGAAAAACGUCCCUUAUAUCCCGCCUACUGUCAUGGACCAGAUCCGUCUCUGGGAGUAUGAGGGUGAGAGGGUGGAAGUCACGCCGGGCUACCUUAUGAGGGAGUUUGGGAGCGAGACUGAGUAUAGGGAUGUACUUGGGUAUGCGGAUGCGUUGGGUGUGCUGGUAUGGCAGAGGGAUGAGAGUAGGUGCUUUUUCGUAAGCCAAGUGGAGCAGAUUAGUGCGUACUUGAAGAAGAAGAAGGAACAUAGAGAGGGUGGUAGGGUACGGUAG